UUCCUCAUUCUGCAAAAAGAAGAUUCAGUCAGUGAAGUCUCAGUAUUCAGACACACAAGUAUCUCUGAACCAUUCUGGACAGCUUCGUCAUGGUAGGACUGGUGUUGUUCGUCGUUCUCAUCACAGGUUCCUUUCACAUGAUUCAAAUUCAAGCUCUUCUUCCACCUAAACUGGUAGUGAGCACACUGUCGAUCAGAGAGACAGACACAGUAACACUGGACUGUCAGUGUCCACCUGGUGCAUUUCAGUGUUAUCUCUACACUGAGGGAGGACAAACCAAAAUGUCCUCAUGUCAGAAGACACUGUCAGGGAGCGAGCUGCUGCUGAUGGCAGGUCAGAGUUCCCCCGCUGAGGUUAAAGUGAAAUGUUUUUUCACUGUAAAGGAUGGAGAUGUAGAUCGUCCAUCUCCACACAGUGAGAUAUCUUCCAUUACCAUACACAGUUCUUUUCAUGAGAUUCAAAUUCAAGCUCUUCUUCCACCUAAACUGGUAGUGAGUAAACCUGUGAUCACAGAGACAGACACAGUCACACUGGACUGUCAGUGUCCAACUGUUGCAUUUCAGUGUUAUUUCACUGUGGGAGGACCAACCAAAAGGUCCUCAUGUCAGAAGACACUGUCAGGGAGAGAGCUGCUGAUGGCAGGUCAGAGUUCCCCUGCUGAGGUUAAAGUCAGAUGUUUUUACACUGUAAUGUCUGGAAAUGGACAUUCUUCGUCUCCACACAGUGAAAUAUCCUCCAUCGCCAUACAGACUCCUCUUCCACCUAAACUGGUAGUGAGUACAUCAGUGAUCACAGAGACAGACACAGUCACACUGGACUGUCAGCGUCCACCUGGUGUGUUUCAGUGUUAUUUCUACACUGAGGGAGGACCAACCCAAAGGUCCUCAUGUCAGAAGACACUGUCAGGGAGCGAGCUGCUGCUGCUGGCAGGUCAGAGUUCCCCCGCUGAGGUUAAAGUGAGAUGUUUUUUCACUGUAAAGGAUGAAGAUGUAGAUCGUCCGUCUCCACACAGUGAAAUAUCCUCCAUCACCAUACACAAAUCUGUGGAAAUCGAGUCACACACGAUGCAAACUACGCAGUUUCCUAUGACCUCAGGACCUCCUGCUUCAACUCCUGUAACGUCUAUAAAAGGUCUGACUGUCAGUACAAGGAACCCUAUGGCUCUGACUGUCACCACAUCGAGGAACACUAAGGAACAUGUUAGCACGUCUUCGCCAACGCCAGAGAAACCAGAAUCUGUUGAAAUCGAGUCACACACGAUGCAAACUACGCAGUUUCCUAUGACCUCAGGACCUCCUGCUUCAACUCCUGUAACGUCUAUAAAAGGUCUGACUGUCAGUACAAGGAACCCUAUGGGAAAUGUUAUUUCUACUCUACGAACGCCAGGGGAAGUAACUUCAGCUCUGACUGUCACCACAUCGAGGAACGCUAAGGAACAUGUUAGCACGUCUUCGCCAACGCCAGAGAAACCAGAAUCUGUUGAAAUCGAGUCACACACGAUGCAAACUACACAGUUUCCUAUGACCUCAGGACCUCCUGCUUCAACUCCUGUAACGUCUAUAAAAGGUCUGACUGUCAGUACAAGGAACCCUAUGGGUAAUGUUAUUUCUACUCUACGAACGCCAGGGGAAGUAACAUCAGCUCUGACUGUCACCACAUCGAGGAACGCUAAGGAACAUGUUAGCACGUCUUCGCCAACGCCAGAGAAACCAGAAUCUGUUGAAAUCGAGUCACACACGAUGCAAACUACGCAGUUUCCUAUGACCUCAGGUCUGACUGUCAGUACAAGGAACCCUAUGGGUAAUGUUAUUUCUACUCUACGAACGCCAGGGAAAGUAACUUCAGCUCUGACUGUCACCACAUCGAGGAACGCUAAGGAACAUGUUAGCACGUCUUCGCCAACGCCAGAGAAACCAGCUCUGACUGUCACCACAUCGAGGAACGCUAAGGAACAUGUUAGCACGUCUUCGCCAACGCCAGAGAAACCAGACAUGAGGAUGUGGACACUGAAGGCGCUGGGAGUUACAGCUGCUUUUGGAGUCACUGUGGGUUUCAUCUCACUGGGACUGACCUUUCAUUGCACCACAAGAAAAAGUGGUAACGAGAAACCGAACAAACAAGAGCCUCAAAAUGAACAAUCAGUCAUUUACCACAAGUACGACACCAUCUCCGAGGAGCCGUCUGCAUCAGCCCCAAACGACAUGGUGUACAGCACCUUGCAGCCGGUUUAGAGGAAGACACAGGAGACUGCCCACAGAUCUGUCUUUAAACCAUGUAUAAUUUUAGCCUUGUCUAUCAUACAGCACUUUAUGAUCUAAUACAGAGUGAAAAUGAUGUGGGUAAUGUACGUGGUCUGGUGUUAAUCUGCAAACUGACAGGAAACUGCAGGGUCUCUGCUGGCUGUCUCUUUAUCUGUCAGAGAGGGAGCAGCAGGUCGAGGUUGAGGGCUGUCACUCUGAACCUUAUUGAUUACCUUAUUGAUUACUGGUUGCUGUAUGCUACCUGAACAGGCACCUGCUGGGAUCAACAAAUCAAAGUGGUGGAUUUGAGAUUCCUGAAAUAGUUAAUAAUGAGACUGUGGUUGUUGAGAAGCCACUUCCUAUAACAUGGCUUAUAACAGACAACAUCAUAAGUCAUAUAGUGUAUGGAAAUGUACUCUAUUGAUAUUUACUGUAAUAUAUAAUAAUAAGGAUGUCGUGUAUAGAUUCUCUUCUUCAAGAGGUCACCCAACUUUUUCCAAUCCAAAUGAGCAGUUUAUUUUCCAUUGUCUGUCUUGGCUGAGAGAAAAACAUUAGUAUCUAAUCGCUUCAAACGUGAGAGGCUGUUUCUGUUUCUGUCUCUGUUACGUCACUAGGCUGUUGUUGAGUCUCUCUGGAUUUCGGAAGCAGAUUUAGAAUCAGAAACCUGGAUAAGAUAUAAUUGGCAUUGGCAUUCUCAAAUUUGUCAUUGCUGCUCCCUUCAUCUCUGUCAGACAAUUUCUUUUGUAUUAAAACUUUUAAAAUGUAUACAUUUCUCCAUUUAGACUAUGUCUUUUCCAGUGUUGGGAGUAACGCGCUACAAAGUAACGCGUUACUGUAAUUCCACUACUUUUAGCGGUAACGAGCAUGUAACGAAGUAUUUUUUUAAUCAAGUAGCGCAGUUACAAUAUCUGAAAUUGAAAUGAGUUCGUUACUCGCGUUACUCUCUUUUGAGAAAAGUGAUCACUUGCAGACAAGAAGACAAGUGAACCAGAUCCCCCGAAAGAUGGUCGAGACUUAAACUGAUGUUCUGGUCGUUUGUUUGAGCCGUCCUUGUAACACCGUACACCUUAAUACAACUUUGAACAACUUAGAAACACCUUAAAACAACCGUGGACACCGUAAGACAUUGUGCAUCUUCGGAGGGUUGCUAUAAACAUAAAUCUUUUCUGUAGCGCCGUUGUAGUCAUAACAGGAUGUUCGCGACUCUACAGGAACCGUUUCAAAAUAAAAUCAUGUACUAUUUUCACAAUAAAACAUUUUCACAAUAAAAUAACAGAAGUAACUUAAAAGUUACUUUGCCUAGUAACUAAUUACUUUUGAUAUACAGUAACUGGUGAAGUAAUUCAAUUACUUUUAAAAGAAGUAACUAGUAACUGUAACUAAGUACUAAUUUUCAGUAACUUGCCCAACUCUGGUCUUUUCCCAUGAACGUUGUGAGUAUUGUUAUUCUGUCGAUGUGCUCUGCUACACGUGCCAUCUAUUGCACUUCUGUCCGUUCGGGGAGAGGGAUCACUCAAAUGUGGCUCUUUCUGAAGUUUCUAUGUUUCUUUCCUAAUAAGAUAGUUUUUUUUUUCUCUUUACUGUACAGGAUUAAGGGCAGAGGAUGUUACACCUUGUUAAACCCUAGGAGGCAAAUUGUGAAUAUGGGCUAUUCUAAUAAAUUUGAUUGAUUUGAUAUACAGACAUGCAACUUGUUUCUGUUAUGUCGUUUCUAAGAAGAAAGGAGAGUUAGCAGCUGUGUCUGGUGAGAACUAAGUUGAUCAUAAAAUAAAAAAAGUGUUCACUGUUUAAUAAUGAAGUAUACUGUAGAGUUGCACCUUACCCUUAUCGUAACUUCAACCUUUGCCCAAGUCUUCACCCUUUUUUAUGAGGAAAUACUUUAUUUGCCCACAAGAUAAACUGAUUUAUGUCCCUGAAACAUUAGUAAUACACACAUACACAAACACACACAAUGUUUGAGAAAAUGACGCACGGUGUAAAUGAGGUAAAAUAUUUCUUUGUGUUUAUUCGUCAGCUCUCUCAAACGCACAGUUGAGAGGAUGUGGUCACCUUGACAAAUCAUGGCUGGAUGUAUGGACGUGACAUUCUUCAAACACACUUUGUUGAAUCUUCAUCAUGCAUCUUUAGCUCGUCUGAACCGUCUCCUGCUUUAAAACGAGGAGAAACUGACAGAGGAACGUUCACGAGUUCUGUUUCCUCUCCGGUAUUUCACAUCACCCACAUUAUUAUCAACAUCAGAAAGAACUCAGUUCAAAAAUAAACUUAAAAUAUCUGAGGAAUGUAUGAAAACAUAUGAGGCCACUGUCAUUAGUGUGUUUUUUUGUAUAGCAUUUUGAUGCCAGGAAUACAGAGCGCUCUGCCUCCUUUUCACAUGACCAAAGUGCAUUUUACAUUCUGUAGACUCUCACAUUAAUUUUCAGUUCGCGAUAAAGAAACAUGUUUGAUGUCUUAUAUCCUCUUUUGCACAAAGUACUAUUUUUCUCUUCUCCUAUGCCUUUGCUUUGACUGUAGACAUGUUGCUUUCUCAUGUUUAAUUUCAGCGGACUUUCGGUACAAUAUGGCAAACUGUGAACUCUGAGCAAAGUCACCAAGCCCUCCCGUGAAUCUCACUUUGUUUUGCUGCGCCACAUCAUCGUUCAUGAUUUCUGCAUUAAUGGAUGCGAGUCUCGGUGCUACAGUUUUUUUUUUUGUUUCCUA